CUGCAAUAUAUGGCACAACAUAAGGGUUUUAGGGAGAAUUUCCAUUUGUUUAUUUUGGGGAUAGACAAAAUGUGAUGAAUUAUUUUUAUUUUAAAUUUAUCCUUGUCUACAGAAUAGCAUAUUAUUGUUAUAUUAUUAUUACUAGGUGAUCUAGCAAUAUAAGUGUGGACUUUAGGACAAAGCUACAAAGUUCAGUAAAUGUUUUCUUACAUAAGAGACACACUGCACACAGCAAAACAUUUGUAGAACGAAAUUUUAAAUCUUGUGCAUGGGCAGGUUUCUUCCAUCGUGACGAAGAACGAUUCUUCUUUUGAUCUGAUGGCCGAUUGUGAAGCCAAUGAAACUCUUAGCUCGAAAUGGUACGCAAAAAAAUUGAUAAUAGAAUUAGAGUUCUCAUUGAAAAUGGGGUAAAGUUGGGUCAUAGAACCUUAUUCAUAAUUGUUGGUGAUAAAGGUAGAGAUCAGGUAGUCAUUCUACACCACAUGCUUGCCAAAGCGGAGGUGAAAGCAAGACCUACGGUAUUGUGGUGUUAUAAGAAGGAGCUAGAUUUUAGUAGCCACCGCAAGAAACGCAUGAAGCAGCUGCAACACAAAAUCAAAGUGGGCAAAUUGAGCGUCAAUGAGGAUGACCCAUUCGAAUUGUUCUUAUCUUCAACCAAAAUCCGUUACUGUUAUUACUCAGAAACACACAAAAUUUUGGGCAACACGUAUGGGAUGUGCGUUCUGCAGGAUUUUGAAGCACUUACUCCUAACUUGCUUGCGAGGACGGUGGAAACCGUUGAGGGCGGAGGUAUAAUUAUAUUGUUGUUAAAAUCUGUAACAUCACUUAAACAAUUGUAUACUAUGUCGAUGGACGUGCAUCAGAGAUUCAGGACGGAAGCGCAUCAAAAUGUGGUGUGCCGAUUCAAUGAAAGAUUUUUGUUGUCACUUGCGUCCUGCAAACGGUGUCUGGUUUUAGAUGAUCAGUUGGCGGUUCUCCCUAUUUCCUCCCAUAAUUUGCAUGUAACACCAGUAGAACCGUCCCAAAAGGCAACGACUAAUGAGUCUGAGUUGACAGAACUUAAGGAACAGCUAAGAGACACCCAGCCAGUCGGCAGCUUGAUAAAUUGCUGUAAAACUUUGGACCAAGCUAGCGCCUUGCUGAAAUUUGUAGAGGCCAUUUCCGAAAAAACUUUGAGAUCAACAGUUUCAUUGACAGCCUCCAGAGGGCGCGGUAAAUCGGCGGCGCUGGGUUUAGCUGUCGCUGCGGCCGUUUCAUUCGGCUAUUCCAACAUUUUUGUGACCAGCCCGAGUCCUGAAAAUUUAAACACAUUCUUCGAAUUUGUUUUCAAAGGUUUCGACGCUUUGGAAUACCAGGAGCACCUCGAUUAUGGUUUGGUGCAGAGCACCAACCCAGAAUUCAAUAAAUCCAUUGUCAGAGUGAACAUAUUCAGAGAUCAUAGGCAGACAAUUCAGUAUAUUCAUCCGACGGACGCGCAUAGGCUCGCGCAGGCCGAACUUUUGGUGAUAGACGAGGCAGCAGCCAUACCCCUGCCUUACGUCAAGAAGAUGCUGGGGCCUUACCUGGUAUUUUUGGCGUCGACUAUAAACGGUUAUGAGGGCACGGGAAGGUCGUUGUCCUUGAAAUUGCUUCAACAGCUGAGGGUGCAGGCGGUGCCCGCGGGGACGAACGCUAAUACUGUCGAUAAGAAAAGUACCGCAGCCGCCAUCGGAAGGACCUUGCACGAGGUCACUUUGGACGAGUCGAUCCGUUACAAGCCGGGUGACGAGGUCGAGGCGUGGCUAACGAAACUGCUCUGCCUCGAUUCCACGUCGGUUGCACCCAUUUUGUCGGGUUGUCCGCCCCCCGACGGCUGCGACCUCUACUACAUUAACCGGGACACGCUAUUCUGCUACCACAAGGCGUCCGAGGAGUUUUUACAGCGUCUUGUCGCCCUCUACGUCGCGUCGCACUACAAGAACAGCCCGAACGAUCUGCAAAUGAUGUCGGACGCGCCCGCCCAUCACCUAUUUUGCCUCCUCGGGCCAGUCGAUCCCAAUAGGAAAACCCUACCGGAAGUACUCGUCUUUAUUCAGGUCUGCCUCGAGGGCGAGAUCUCCAAGGGCAGCAUCGAGGAAGGCUUCGCGAGGGGCAAAAGAGCCGCGGGAGAUCUGAUACCGUGGACUAUAGGACAGCAAUACCAAGAUGUCGACUUUCCGAAACUGGCUGGCGCUAGGAUCGUGCGAAUCGCUACCCAUCCCGAUUACCAAGGCAUGGGUUACGGCGCGAGGGCCCUGACCUUAUUGAAGCAGUACUACGAACUGAAAAUACCGAGCCUCGACGAAGGGGCGGGGCAUAAUGUAAGGAACGAGGUGGAGCUUGUCGACGACGACGCGGUCGGUCUUCUGGAGGAGUGUAUCGAGCCGAGGAAGUCCUUGCCGCCGCUCUUGCUCAAACUUAGCGAGAGACCGCCCGAGCGGUUGGAUUAUAUGGGAGUGUCGUUCGGACUGACUGAACGGCUGCUCAAAUUUUGGAAAAAGGCAGGAUUCGUGCCCAUUUACCUUCGGCAAACUACCAACGACUUGACGGGCGAACAUUCGUGCAUAAUGAUUCAAGCGCUUAACGAAGGGGAGGUGGAGCAGCAACAAUCUUCUAAUGAAGUUCGCUGGCUGACUGCCUACUGGUCGGAUUUCAGACGCCGAUUUAUCAAUCUCCUCGCUUAUCAGUUCGCCAAAUUUCCGCCAAGUUUGGGGCUGAGCAUACUCACCAACAGGGCCGUCAACCUACCUUCUAGAGAUUUGACCAAGGAGGAACUCGAUAUUCACUUGACCAAGUACGACGUCAAAAGGUUAGAAAUGUACAGCAAAAACUUGGUGGACUACCACCUGAUCGUCGACCUGCUGCCAACCAUAUCGCGGUUAUACUUCUUAAACGCGAUGGGCGAUGUUCAAAUGUCCGCCGUUCAAUCGGCGAUCCUGCUGGGUCUCGGGCUGCAACACAAGACGGCCGACGAGCUGGCGUUGGAGCUGGACCUACCGUCAUCCCAGCUUCUCGGCCUUUUCAACAGGAUAAUGCGCAGGUGCGAACGAUACCUGAAUGGAGUAGUUGAGUACACUGUGGAGAAGUCGUUGGUUGUGCAGAGAGAGGUGGAUUUGACGCCUGUCGCACAGAGCAUGAAUGAUGAGCUCGAGGAGGCAGCCAAGGAGCUGGAGAAGAGGCAGAAAAAGGAACUCGAGCAAUUGAAGAAGGCAAACCUCGAGCAGUACGUCAUCAAGGGCGCGGCAGAAGAUUGGAGCCGGGCACUGAGCGGAAAGGGAAAGAAGAACCUGAUAUCGGUCAAAACGGGCGAGGCGCGAGCCAAGGCGGGCGAUGCGGGCGCCGCGACGGAGGACCUCGACGCUGCGACGGUUCCGAAAGCGAAAAAAACGAAGAAUAAGCGGAAAAGGUCCCUUUAAUUUUCCGUGUUCAAUAAAACGUUUGUGUUAUACAAA